AUGCUUAUUAAUGUGUUGAGCCCUAUAUCUCAAUUGCUCUUGAAUGUAUUGGGGCCAAAGAACACAUUGGUCGCUUCCGUAUUGGUAUCUAGCCUUGGUCUAUUGUUAGCAAGUUUUAGCACACAGACCUGGCAUCUUUAUUUGACUCAUGGUGUAAUCUAUGGCAUAGGCAUAUCCAUCAUGUUUUAUAUUGCACUUAGUAUUGUACCUCAAUACUUUACUAAACAUAGAGGUAUAGCAUUAGGAUUAACAUCCAGUGGAAUCAGUAUUGGCGGUCUUGUGUUCCCAUUUGUUAUGGAUGCUAUCAAUACAAGGUUUGGAGCAAGUUGGUGCUAUCGAAUCAUGAGUUUGAUCUGUUUUGUCAUCGGACUGUCAGCUUGUUGGCUUUUAGGUGUGAAAGAUAAGGGCAAGAAGCAAGCAAAGACGUCUUUGAACAUAAAGGAAACAUUUGACUUUAGUGUGGCAAAUGAUUGGAGAUAUAUUUUGUGGUGUAUCAUUGAUAUCUUGUUUGAAGCGGCCUAUAAUACUCCUGCUUACUUUCUUCCAUCAUAUGCUACCUAUCUCGGCCUAUCGUCCUCUCAAGGUGCACUUAUCCUAUCAGUAGGUUCAGGCAUGAAUGCGAUUGGAAGAAUCAUCUCAGGUUUUUUAGCUGAUUGGAUAGGACAUAUUAAUGUAGUUAUCAUUUACUGUACCAUAUCGGGUCUUUCCUGUUUGCUGCUUUGGACGUUUGCAAAGACAUUUGGGACACUACUUGCCUUUUCUAUUUUUUAUGGGUUCUUUGGAGGAGCAUUCGUUACACUAACACCAGCAAUUAUGCUGCUUGUAACAGGACAAGAAAAGUUUGAAACAGGAAUUUCCGUAUUUCUCGUCAUUACAGUCGUCUCAAUGUUUGGACCCAAUCUAGCAGGCACAAUCGAAACCUCGAUACAUGGGCUCGAGCCCUAUGAAAGCUACAAAUAUUUUACAGGCAUCUGCUAUCUUGCUGGUGUCGUCUUACUCUUCAUUCUCAGGUUCUCUUUAAAGCGACAUUUGCUUAUGAUCAUAUAA